CAUCUGGCGUACUGACGUUAAGCGGGUGUGAAUGCUAUGUGGAUCUGGCGAGCUGAGAGCGGAUUCGGCACACAGUCGCCUACUAUUGGGUGGAGGAAAAGCUGCUUAGAGAUUCCCCCCUCGAGGAACCGCAGUAACAUGGGGAACAUCAACAAACCAGGGUUCACACAGAGAGGACACACUUGGACGAGAUCAGGCAGCUACAUUUCAAAGAGGGUCAGCAAAAACCUUAAAUCUCCUCCAGCUUCAGUGCUCGACACGACGAGGACGUCCUUUCUCGUGAUGUAUGCCUGUGCUAAAUUCGUCUCAACGCCCUCUCUGGUCCGUGCUGGAUCUCGGGCUCUCUACAGGCCACUGUCAGCAGCUGUCGUGUCAGAUGCUAAGAGAGUAGAGACUGCUGCACUCCUCCCACCACAUGGGCAGGUGGUGCUGCGUGGAUUUCAGACCAGCGCAGUGAGCCGUGACAUCGACACUGCUGCCAAGUUCAUUGGAGCUGGAGCUGCCACUGUCGGAGUCGCUGGAUCUGGAGCUGGUAUUGGGACGGUGUUCGGUAGCCUCAUCAUUGGCUAUGCCAGGAACCCUUCUCUGAAGCAACAGCUGUUCUCCUACGCCAUUUUGGGGUUCGCUUUAUCCGAGGCUAUGGGUCUUUUCUGUUUGAUGGUUGCGUUCCUCAUUCUGUUUGCCAUGUAACCAAUUGGCAGUCAGGGAUACAUCACAAUGUUACUAAGAAUGAGCAGUCUGCAUAUCCAUGAAUGGUACAAAAACUCAAUCAUGGUGCUUAGUCCUCAUUGUCUGUAAUGAUUGUGAACGGUUGGCAAACCAACCGUUUUUAAUGGUUGUUGCCAUUAUAUUGUAUAUUUAAUCAAAUGUUUUUGUUAAAGAUCUCAUAAUAAAAUAAAACAUUGAAUCU